CUUGUACUAUACUUAGGUAACUACUACGGGUACUACCUACUUUUUGCUCAAUUACCUAAUUAUUUUAUUUACAUAGACAUUGAAAAUGCGGUGUUGUGUGCCUUUCUGCAAUAAUACUUCAGACAAUGUGAUCACAUCUGACGGCAAGGGCAUCAGUUUUCAUGGUUUCCCCCGUGAAGGCGGCCUCCGUGUUGCUUGGCUCAGCGCCCUCGGCAUGCAAGGCAGUCAGCUGCCAGACUCUGCCAUGAUCUGCUCGCGCCACUUCCUAGAUGAUGACAUUUGCGAAACAGAAGGUGGAUUCAGGCAACUAGUUGCUGGUGCUAUUCCUUCAGCUGUGCAGGUUUGCAUGAUAUGCCUAGACUCUGACAGCAAGCUGUUUCUUAUGCGCAAACACAAAUUGGAAGAAGCAUAUGACCAGUUAACUGGACAUCCUGUUUUGUGUGAUGCAGGAAACUUAAAACAAACACUCUGUGUACAAUGUGCUCAGAGAUUGAGAAACUUUAGUAAGUUUAGAGACAAGAGCUUGAGAGCCCGUGCACUGAUGAUGGACUUAGUUGACAAACAUGAAUUAAUAACAACACAACAUAUACAGAUGAUUGACCGCACACAGCACCAACUAAAGAGUAACAUCGGGUGGACUGUGCUAGGAACCAAUCCCUGUGACUUAUACAUACUAGAACAUCCCUCGGAAGACAAACAGACAGAAUUAGGGGAAACCAUACACAGCAUUAUAGUAAAAAACGAACCAAGGGAUGACUCUAUGUCGGUUGAUGGAGACACAGAAGUGACAAAUGAAGAUGACAAUAAGGUUUGCAGCGGAUUUGUUGCAUCUAAUGAAGGCUGCUUAUCUGAUGCAAACAUGAGUUUGCAAGCUCAACUACUGGAUGAAGCUCUUUAUAAAGCUCUCAACGAGAAAGCACCAGUUACACAACAAGAGGCCGAGACACAGGAUCUGAUAAAGCAUGAAAGUGUUCCCUUGCAAUGUAUACUUUGUACUGAGGAAUUCCUCCAUGCACAUGUGUACAUGCAACAUAUGCACUUGCAUUUGCAGAGCGGUGUCGACGAGGAAGCCUGUGCCGCGUCACAAGUGUGCAAGCCUCAAGCGGCUGAGUUCUCCGACCCCUCACUCACUGCUUUUGCUACUGAUGACAAACUAAGCAUUUGGAAGCAGAUCAAUGAGCCUCGUCCUUCUGCAGACUUGCCUCUAACUGUAGGUGCUCCCUUGUCUGCGAGACUUGCGACAAAGAAUGAAACAAUCGAGGAAAGUGAACGAGGCUCUGAAACUAACAACGGCGAGGUAGCCGUCAGCAGCAAUAAGGCACACAUAAACAUUGAUACACUAACUAAUUGUGUAGUCAAGUUGUAUGAUUGUAAAAAGUUUAAAGUUGUGCCCAGACAAGACGGAUCGCUGAUGAAAACACGGAAAACUGUUAGUUCCUAUGAAAACCCGAAUAUUGAUAAUGUCCCUACAAUAUUUAAAGAGUUUCUAGCAACAGGUCAUAAUGUAGCCGCUACGACAGACGACAUUAAACCAGUCAUUAAUGAAAUAAAAGUAGAAAAAGAUAACUCAAAUACAUUUCCUGAGAAAAAAUCGUUUAUAUGUGAUGUUUGCCGAAAGAUGUUUAAACGGAAAUAUAUCUUAGUUAAACACAUCCAAACUCAUAACAAAGUAAAGAACAAAUGCAAUUUAACAUCUAAUAUGCAACAUAACACUGCAUUAAAGCCUUACGCUUGUGAUGUAUGUAACUUUAGUACUGCACAUUCCGGUAAUUUACGGAACCACUUAAGAAUUCACACUGGGGAGAAACCUUUUACUUGUACCUUAUGCAGUUAUAGAAGUGCAACAAAUAGUCACAUAGUGAGGCACAUGACAACUCACACCGGGGAAAAGCGUUUUUCAUGUACUGCAUGCAAUUAUAAAUGUGUGCGAAAUUGUAGUUUAGUGAGUCACAUGAGAAAUCACAGGAAGGGAACACCUUAUGCGUGUACUUUAUGCGAAUAUGAAUGUAAACAAAAUAGUUCUUUAGUGGCGCACAUGAAAACUCACAGGGUAGGAAAACCUUACUCGUGUAGUUUAUGCGAAUAUAAAUGUUCAACAAAUUCUGGUUUAGUGAACCACAUGACAAUACACGGAGAAAAACCUUAUUCGUGUAGUUUAUGCAAAUAUAAAUGUUCAACAGAUGCUCGUUUAGUGGUGCACAUGAGAACUCACACGGGGGAAAAACCUUAUUUGUGUAAUUUUUGUGACUAUAAAUGUUCAGCAAGCAAUCGUUUAGCGGAGCACAUGAGAAUUCACACUGGAGAAAAACCUUAUUCGUGUAACUUAUGUGCAUAUAGAUGUUCAACGAAUACUCGUUUAGUGGUGCACAUGAGAACUCAUACUGGGGAAAAGCCUUAUAGUUGUGAUUUGUGCCCUUAUAAAUUUGUAGACAGAGGUGGUUUAGUGAGACACAUGAGAUCCCACACGGGUGAAAAGCCUCAUGCUUGCACGUUUUGCAGUUAUAAAUGUUCAAGAAAGACUGAUUUAGUGAACCACAUGAGAAGUCACACGGGGGAAAAACCUUACUCGUGUAGUUUGUGUGAAUAUAAAUGUUCUCAAAAUAAUUAUUUGGUGAACCAUAUGAAGGCUCAUACUGGAGAGAAUAUGACGCAUGCUUGUACGGUAUGCGAUUAUAAAUGUUCAAGAAGUAGUUAUUUAGUGAGCCACAUGAAAUAUCACACUGCGGAAUAGUGCAUUACUGCACGAGACCGGGAAGUCUUGGAAAGCUGUAUAGGUGCAUCGAUUGUAGUUAUAUUAGGAGGAGUAAUAAUCGUUGUAACAUGGCCGGUUAUAAAGAUAUCGAUUUUUGUGAUACUUUUUUUUUUUUUUCUUCUGGUAUUGUGAUACUUUAAUGCUGCACUGCUAUUUUGAUUUUCUGUCUGUAGAAAAAGUGUUGAAAUAAAACCCUUAAAAGGUUAA